AUAAGUACAAGUUUCUCACCCAGCCUGCUCCUGUUUAUCUCCUGUAACUCAAACAACCACCAUGUCGAACUAUCUUCCAUCCUUUUCAGCGCCAUCCUCAAGGCCUACGUCGCCUCUAGGCGCACCGGGCUCACCAUUUGCUUCUCGACCCACAAGCUUCUUUGCUGGCUCACGGGCUAACUCGUGGGUUGGCGGUCCGUCCCGGAAGAACUCGACUGCUGUCCCUUCAGUCGUCCCCUCGAGAGCGAAUAGUACAUGGAGCAAGGAACAUUCUGACCCUGAGACGACGGACGUGGAGGGCGUCGUCAAUAAUAACAGGGAAAAAGCUCAGCCCAGUGCUGGACGGAUCGUGGGCGGGAAACAUGUCGACAGCAGCAACGAAGACGUCGACUCCGACUGCGGCCCCAUCACGACGGUCGAUAUCGAUAUGCCUCUCACACUAACAGAGGUGGUACAUGAAGGUGGGAAGGAAUACAUUGUUCUAGGGUUUGCCACGGGCGACAAGGAGAACCCAUUCAACUGGAACCCAUGGUACAAGCGGUCCAUCUCGACCAUUCUCAAUCUGAUGACCCUAUUCAUCGGCCUCGCAACCACAGCGUACAGCUCUGGCAUCAGAAGCAUGGUUGAGGAUCUCGAAGCAUCAAACAUCCAAGGCCAACUGGGUCUCUUCACCUUCAACAUCAGCUGCGCCGUAGCGCCCAUGGUUCUAGCCCCCUUCUGCGAGCUGGUUGGCCGCAAAGUCGUCUACGCAACCUCCUUCUUCUGCUUCUCGCUAUUAUUCAUCGGCUUGGCACUCGCCCAGAACAUUCAAACCAUCAUCGGCCUUCGACUUCUGCUUGGUCUUUUUGGCUGUGUCGGCACGAUCCUCGUCGGAGGUACAUUCGACGACAUGUACGAGCCUCACCACCGCGGUCGUCCCAUGGCCAUGUUCAGCUACGUCGCCAUCUUCGGCACAGUUGCUGCGCCCAUCUACGCCGGCUUCAUCGACCAAGCCCUCGGGUGGCGCUGGAUCGAGGGCAUCCAAGGCCUCGCCAACGUUCCCCUCCUCCUCCUCAUCAUCUUCUACUUCCCCGAGACGCGCGGCGGCGUUGCACUCCAUAAGCGGGCUAAAGCUCUGCGAAAGGCUACGGGCGACGAGCGGUAUGUUUCGGCUGGCGAUAUUCUGACGCCGAGUCUCGAGUCCAUGUUGAAGGCUAGUUCAGUCAAGGCUAUUCACAUGUUGGUGACGGAGCCAGUUGUCUUUGCCUUUGGCCUUUGGAUCGCCUUCUGCUGGGCUGUUGUCUUCCUCUUUCUCUCAGUGAUUCCCAUCACAUUCACCGAGAACCACGGAUGGUCUGAAGGCGUCAGCGGUCUUCCGUAUAUCUCGCUGUGCGUGGGCACCACACUGGGAUGGAUGGCUCAUCAUCUCCAAAUGCGCAAGUUCGAUCGCCUGGUCGCGGAUCCCAACGUCAAGGUAACUCCCGAGGCCCGUCUUUACGGAGCCAUGUACGGUGCCGUUUUCCUUCCCAUCGGCCUCUUCAUAUACAGUUUCACACAGUACUCGUUCCUGUCGUGGGUCGGCCCCGUCAUUGGACUCGCGCCCAUUGCGUUUGGAGUCUACUUUGUGUUUGAGAGCACGUAUAGCUACACGGCGGACUGUUAUGGCGAGAGCGCUUCCUCGGCCAUUGCUGGCCAGGGAUUGAUGAGGAACACGUUGGGUGCUGUCACGCCCUUGUUUGCAAAUGCUUUCUUUCAUAAUGUCGGGAGCCAGUAUGCUGGAUUGAUUCUGGCAUUGCUGGGUACGGGGUUGAGUCUGAUUCCAUUUGUCAUGUUCAAGUAUGGGCACAAGCUCAGGGCUCGCAGCAAGCUUGCGCAGGAGAUUUGAAGGCUCUACUCUCUCAAACAUAGAUCAUAUAGCAGCGAUCUGGAUAACAUUAGAGUAAACAAAAAUCACAUCGUUGAAUCAAGAAAGAAUAC